AUGUGUGACCAAAGCGAAGCCAAGGCGAUGACGCUUGCCGAAGCCGUGUCAGCAGCUUUGGGCAACAUUUCCAUCUCGCCGAAGAAUUGUACUUCAUCCGAAUCCGAGAUUAUCGAGACGCAUAUUGCUGCGAUGCAGAAUGGCUCUAUCAAUGGUCGAAUUGCUACGAAGAACAGGGCCAGUGUGCAGGCAGAAGAUCCCGUCACUCUGAACACCGUCCCAUCGGGAUCUUUUCUUCUAGACAGCGACGAUGAUCCAAGGAGUCCCAGUCGCAGCUCUCUGACGGCGGAAAAAGCACUCUAUCAGUCCUCAGACACACCAAAACCGCGUAAAAAGCCUCCCCCAAUUCCUCCCAAGCGUAAAAAUGUUUCCACCACCACCACCAAAAUUGCGCCCAUUCCUCCAGCAAAACCUCAAUACUACCAGCCUCGCCAACCUCGCCAGCCCCGCAUGCUUCUCGUAGAUGACAACACCAUCAAUCUCCGCCUCCUACAAGUCUUUAUGAAGAAGCGAAACUACACCUCCGUCCUCACUGCGCCCGACGGCCAACAAGCCGUAGAUGCAUACCGACGCGAGCUACAAUCUCGACCUCCUGUUCCUCCAGACAUUAUAUUAAUGGACAUUAGUAUGCCGGUGCUCAAUGGCUUCGAAGCAACACGGCAAAUCAGGCGGCUGGAAGACGAAUACAACGCAAGACUCAAGGCGAGUGGAAACGGAAACUCUGGGAAAAGAGCGGCGGAUUUCAUGGGCGAUGGGGAUAGGGAUGGUUAUAAGGAAAAUAGGGGGUCGGGAUUGGGAAACGGUUUCAAUGUUAAUGGGUACGGUAAUGGUAAUGGUAAUGGUAAUGGUAAUGCCCCAACGCGACCUAUCCACGCCUUGAUCGUGGCGCUAACGGGCUUGGCGAGCGUGAGAGACCAGAAGGAGGCGUUUGUUAGUGGCGCAGAUGUGUACAUGAUGAAGCCGGCUAGUUUUGCGCGGUUGGCAGCCAUCAUGGAUAAGUGGGAGAGGGAAGGUGGAGGGUUACGCUCGGUGAUCGUGUGA